CUCUCAAUCUGAGUCUCUAGCGGGCGACUAACCUCCACCGGAGUAAACAGAUUGAGGCCUUAACAAACAAAACCUCCACUACCGGAGUAAAUCUGGUACAGAAUAGUAAGUUGGCUCCUCGACUAAAGUCACCAACUCCCUACCUUCAAUCAAGGAUACUCUAUCAACCUAGGCAGAUAUUCUCAUUCUAGGUUAAAGCAGAAACAACAGGAAUUUGAUCAGGAUUCAAGUCAUUCAAUCAUUAAAACCUCAAUCGAAUAUAAUCAAUCACAGAAUCAGUACUUGGGUUCAUACAAUCAAAGCCUAACAUACAAAUCUAGGAUUCUCCAUACCCAGAUGAAUGGGAGAACUACUCCAUGGAGAAGAAAGCAAAAUCAGAAUCAGACACGGAAUUCAUACUGCGAAGGACGGAUUCCGGCUCCUGGACGUUGAUUGGCACUUCUCCAAGCUCAAGCUGGCCUCCAACGGUGUUGAAGAUCAAUCUAGGGCACUUGGGAACUCUUGCUCAUCACUUUCUCUCUCUAGGAAUCGUUCUAUCUCUCAAAAACUCGAAUCCCCUGACUUGUGGCUGAAAAUCUGCUUAAAGCAUCAGUGGCCAAAGCACGGUCGAGGGCACGGCCGUGUAAUGCCUCAGCCCGCCCGUGUUUUGGCUAGUGUUAAUUACACUAGGAGAAACACGGCCGUGCUUCGCAUUGGACACGGCUGUGCUUUGGUGGAACACGGCCGUGCUUUGUCUCGGCCCUGCCCGUGUAAUCAGCUCAGCUCUCGCCAUAAAAAGCACGGCCACCAGAACACGGCCGUGUAAUGAUUUAGGUGUGCCCGUGUUUUGGCUCCAGCUCACCGAAAUGACUUCCGAUUGCCCCGAAACUCGCGCUUAGCCUUCCCUUUGACACCUGGGACCUGAAACAUGACAAAAUAGCACAACCCGGCGUAAAAUAGGCCACAAUACACAACUAUGCCCCUCAAACGGAUGAGAACUAGGGGCGCAAAUAUGUGCAAUUACAUCGUUAUCAAACUCCCCCACACUUAACCGUUGGCUUGUCCCCAAGCAAACCUAACUCAAACCAAUGCAACUCUCCAGACCUCUAUAGCAGCAAACAACCCAGAUCGUAGAUAGUGGACUUCCUAGGUCAAUUAGCAACUUACGAGGUCAACCGACGCACAAGUAAUCUCAUAGCUUCUUCGGCGAGAGCACUAGUAUCGAGUCGGCAUCAUGGCAAAUAGUGAAUAGAGGACAAAUGAAUUGUGGAUGGUGAGAUUCUCAAAAACAAAAGACCAUGGACUCA